UGCGCAAGGAGGACUAUGUUGUCAGCAGUGAAGUGUAGCCUGAAAUGAAGUCAAAUGUCAUAAUUAGUAUUCUUCUUAUAUUCUUCCCUUUUAAUAUAUUACAUAACGUUAGCAGCAGUUUCAUAUUUUUUAAGUGCAUCUUCGUUUAGUUUCUCUGGAAUAUUAUUAUUAAUGUCACUUCGUAUAUGCAAAUCGUACCGUUGACUAAUGCCACGACAUGCAGGGGAAUGGAAACUUCCGGUGAAGUUGUUUGAACGUAUGGAACUAUUUAUAUCAUUUGCAAGAAAUUUCUUAACAGAGUUUUUUCGUUUUCACUUUGUCAUGUUCAGCCGGGUUAGGAAUGCUAUCUUUAACGUCGUGGGAGGUCUCGAACCGUUGCCAGUUUUAAAGGCUCCUGAAAGCGGCUCGGAUGACAGGACUUUGGGCCCAAAGUUUCCAUAUAGCAGACCGCACUUUCUGCAAUUCCACACAGAAGAAGAGAUUUUAGUUUCGGCAGACCAUCAUAUUCGUCCCAUUAUAGUACCGAGAGACAUUUCAAAACUACCAUGGAACAGUGGUUAUGCUGAAGCAGUAAAUGCUGGGAAGUCUCUCAGGAAUGAAGAUCAAGCCUGUUUGAGAAGGGCUAUGCUGGAACGUCCAGAAUCAAGAGAGAGGAACAUGAGAGGUAUUAGACAAGACUUAAGAAAGAUGCCAUCAUCUCCAGAAUGUAUGAAUCCUGCAACAUGCUUGCCUUAUAUUUAUUUUGCACUGUUCGAUGGCCAUGCUGGAACAGGAGCAGCAGUAGCUGCUGCCAACCAGCUUCAUCAUAUUCUUCAUGAGAAAUUGGUGGAUGUGAUUGAUCAUUUGUUGCCACCAUUAGACGGUUACAUGCAGCUGGAGGCAUCAACAAAACAUGGAACUACAUUCUUCAUUCCAGAAAAGGCAGUGGAUAAUGAGGCACUUAUAACAGGUGCUUUGGAAUCAGCAUUUUGGGAUAUGGACCAGUUAAUUGGAGAAGACAAACAGAAGUACAAGGUUAAAGGCGGCUGCACAGCAUUGGUUGCAUUGUUCAUUCUUGGAAAAUUGUACAUUGCUAAUGCUGGAGACUCACGAGCAGUACUGUGCAAAAGCAGAUGUCCCAUUCCAAUGUCAAAUGAUUUUACACCAGAAAGUGAAAGGCAGAGAGUUCGACAGCUGGCUGCACUUCAACCAGAACUUCUUGGUGAGGAAUUCACCCAUCUGUAUUACAACAGAAGGCCAAGCCAAAGAGAUCUGGGAAAGAGGAUUUUAUAUAGAGAUGCCCACAUGACAGGCUGGGCUUACAAGACUGUGACCCCUGAAGAUCUGAAAAUUCCUGUUGUAUAUGGUGAAGGGAAGAGGAGUAGAGUUCUUGCCACUAUAGGAGUAACCCGUGGAUUUGGUGAUCAUGACUUGAAAGCUCUGAAUUCUAAUAUAGCUAUCAAACCAUUCCUGCUUUCCCAGCCAGAAGUCCAAAUUCUGGACAUCCAAGAAGAGGAAAUAAAAGAUUCUGAUGUUCUCAUAAUGGGUACUGAUGGGCUGUGGGAUGUGACCAGCAAUGAAAAAGCUGUGGAAAUUGUGCAGAGAAGUUUAGAUCAUUUUCCAGCUAAUGACAAGUCCCGCUUGAAGUAUAGGUAUACAUCUGCUGCUCAAGAUCUUGUCAUGCAUUCACGUGGGAAACUGUAUGAGAAGAACUGGAAAACUGCUGAUGGUAAAGCUGCUACAAUUGAUGACAUUUCUGUGUUUGUUAUUCCAUUAGCACCAUAUAAGGAAGAAUACACAGAGUGGAAACAAGAAUAUGAAGCUAUUCAUGGGAUUUAUGAAACUUCUUGUGAAACCAGUGAAGGAUUUGGAAAGCUGUCACUGAAGACAUCUCCAAUAGCUACAGGAAAAGCUGUGAUGAGUGGUUUAGCUAUAGAGAAUUCUGUGAACAGAGAUUCACUACCCGAUAGUUUGGGUGACUCAUCUGCCUCUAACAUUCCAUUAUACAGUGCUGACAUUGCUUUAAAAAUUGAUGAUAAAACAUGUGCCCUUGCAUCGGGUCAGGAUAAUAGUGUAUUAGUUAUAGAGAAUACUUCAUCAGGAGAUAAUUUGUCUUCCCAUUAUAAUUGUGGUGCUGAAGUAAAAGGUACUCCUCCUUCAUCAGAAAAGUCUGCCAGCAGCAAAGAAGGGGAGGAAGACUAUGCAUCAGUCCAUGCUUUAAUGCCAUGCACAGACACCCACACCACAUCUGAAUUAAAUGUAUUUUGUCAGCCAAAGGAUCUGUCACAGAAACCCAAUACUUUAACACAUAAGUGAAAAAGAAAACUACUAGGUAUUUGAACUUGAAAUUGUUUUAGGGGUGAAAAAAUAUGUUUAUAAUUUUUUGUACAAAUAUAGAUUGGAAGAGUGGAUAGAAAGGUUGACUUCAAUUUUCACAAUUUCACGUUGUGGGUGAUUUCCAUAUAUGCUAUACACUUUUAAAUCACACUUGUUACAUUAGUAUGCAUUGGAGUCUAUAUCUGAAUGUGGAGGCACAUAAUGAAUCUAGGAUGUGAAAGUAUUAGAGUAAGUAAAUAGGACGGUGAAGCACCAAGCUUGUGUCGCGUAUGAAAACUAAUGAUUGAUCAUUCUUACUCUAAUUUCAUACUGUUUUAAAUGGUUCUAUUAUCGCACAGACAUACCUCUGCCUUACUUUCCUAUGGAAUCUCGAACCUUAAUGAGAUCAUUAGUUUCAUUAUUUAGUCACUUUCUGAAAGAGUGGAAGGCCGUUUUGUAAAUAUUGUCACGUGUUGGGUAUGUCACGCAACAGGUAACUUCACACAGCCCUCGGAUUUCGCGAACACGUUAAUUCUUGCACACUCAAAUACAAAUAGUAUCACUUCAACUGCAUUCUGCUGUGGCUAUCUUCCAACUGUCUCUGACUAUGGCUGGAUCGCAACUGUGUUGUAUGAAGGCUUAUUAGCUCUGUGGUUGUCAGCUUAUAUAGGUGUUCUGCGGACCGGAUACAAGACACCAUUUGCCAAGGUU